UUCCCCCAAUCACUCCUGCAAAAAUUAAUUAAUAUAAAUCGAGCGGCUAAAAACUCACCGGCGGAGCUUAACAAUGGCGGCAGAGAUAGACGAGCCAGUGACUCCCGCCGGUCGUCUCUUCCUCCAACCGCAGAUCGAUCAAGUCAUAAAUUGCGCCAUGGCCAGCGAGCACGAGAUUCCUCUCGACUCCAUCAAACCCGAGAUCCAAAACUCUCUCCUGCUCGUUCACCCCAAAUUUCGCAGCCUCAUGGUCAGAGAUUCCGUCGGCCGCGAGUACUGGCGGAGAACCGAAGUCGACGUCGACCGCCACCUGAUUUUCAUCCACCGCCGUCUCUCCGAAGAUCCUUCCGUCUCCGACGAAGACGCCGUGAACGAUUACCUCGCCGAUCUCUCCAAUUCGUCGCCGCUCCCCGCCGACAAACCGCUCUGGGAAAUCCACAUCCUCGUUGCGCACAAAUCGGCGGUUUUCCGUGUGCACCACGCGCUGGGUGACGGCGUCUAUUUGAUGGCGAUGCUGCUGUCGUUCUGUAGAAGGAUUGACGAUCCUUCGCAGACGCCGUCUAUCCGCGGCGUCGAUACGUCGUCGUUUAUGCCGAGGCGGUGGACUGUUCCGACGCUGGUGAAGAUUGUUUGGUUUACUGUGAUUUAUGUUUUAGAGAUAGCGCUGAGAAUACUCUGGCGAAGAGAUAGAAGGACCGCCGUGAGCGGCGGCGAUGGAGUGGAGCUCUGGCCGCGGAAAUUGGCGACGGCGAGGUUCCGAUUGGACGACAUGAAAACCGUCAAGCGUGCCGUUCCAAAUUCGACAAUCAAUGAUGUUCUUUUUGGGAUACUGUCGAGUGGGAUUUCAAGGUACUUAAACAUCAGAUCAAGCAAAGCUUUGAAAGAAGGGGAACGGAUCACCGGUGCGACCAUGGUGAAUUUGAGACAACAAUACUUAUCCAGUCUAAAGGACCACCAUGCGAGCACUCAGCACGGCAAUAGAUUUGGAGUGAUUCUAUUACCGAUUUAUUACCAUGGGCACGGCUUGAAUCCUCUCGACUCCGUGAAGAGAGCCAAGGCGAUGAUCGACAAGAAGAAGCUGUCAUUGGAAGCUCUUUUCACCUACGUUGUCUCGCUUCUCGUCACAUGUUUCUUCGGGGCUAAGCUGACUAGCAUCAUUGAUUAUCGCAUCUUCUGUAACACGACAUUUACGAUAUCCAAUGUGGCCGGGCCGGAGGAGAAGAUGACGCUUGUUGGUAACGUCGUCAAGUACAUUCGGGCAACAUCCAGCAGCCUUCCUCAUGCGAUAACAAUGCAUAUGGUGAGCUACGCCGGAUAUGCAGACAUGCAAAUUUUGGUGGCAAAAGAUGUGAUUCCGGACCCGAAAGUUCUUGCCAAGUGUUUCGAAGACGCCUUGGCUGAGAUGAAGGAAGCUGCCGAGUCUAGCUGCCCGAAAAGCUAAAGGUAUUAAACAAACAUCGUUUGAUAACAUUACUUUGGCGAUAAUAUGUACUUAAUGUUAUGUUUUGAUUCAUCUUAUGUCCAUUCUUUCUUGCCUGAAUAGAUUUUUCCUGUGAUCCAAGAAUGAUCAAACAAGCCAUUUUAGGUUAG